AUGACUGAAGUUAGCAUUGAUAAUAAACUUUUUCAUAAACAUUUAAAUACUUUAUAUAUUGCUUGGAGAAAUUCCUUAAAAAAAGAAUCUGAUGACUCAUUUAAAGGUGCCGAACUCUUUUAUGCGCAAUGGUUGUUUGGACAGGAAUUUGAUAACAUGUUGAUGAUUUUCACUUUAAGAGCAACACAUUUUGUCAUAAAUGAAUCAUUAG